UGUGUUACUAUGUUCCUAUGUGCCAAUGUUACAAAAAUGUUUUUUUUUCUUUCGAUAUUUUACACUUAAAUUUAAUUAAAUUAAACAAAAUAAUCUAUAUUAUAAAAAAUUAAUGUUUAAAUAUUUUCUGUUAAACUACAUUAAUAAAUUUAUUUAAUUUCAAGAAGCCUCAGUAAUAGUGGAGUCAUGACUUGAAACGCGGGUCAUGGCGUAUGUUAAUGUGGCCGAAUGGAAAACAGAUCAAGUUUGUGAAUGGUUGAAAGGUUUGGACAAUUCUGUAUUGCCUUAUGUGCACAGUUUUUCAAAUCACAACGUAAAUGGCCAACAAUUGCUCAAUUUGAGGCCCGAGGAUCUUGAUCAUCUUGGAGUAAUAAAACUUGGUCAUCAAGAAACAAUACUCGAGGCUGUUGAAUAUUUAAGAAAUUUUCAUUAUGAAUUGGAUCGUGAAAAUUUACAAUUACUUUCAUUACGUCUCUCAUGUCUCACUCAUUCAUUAUUUAAUGAAUUAUCAAGACAAACUGAUUUACAACCAGUUUCAACGCAAACAUUGGCCGAUGUUGCGACAAUUGUCUCAGCAGUUAAACCACUUGUUUGUUGGUUAGAUCGUCCGCCAUUUAGCGGACAACUUGAGUACAAUGAUAAAAAAGGUGAAUUGCUCAAACUUUCAUUGGAAAUGGCAACGUGCGCACAACGUGAUCGUUUUGCUGAGAAGCCAAUUGAAGAAAUACGCACAACAUGCGGACAAAUGGCAAAAUUGGCCGAUUAUAUUGUACAGGAUAUUGCCGAUCCAAUGAUAUUACAACCGGCGAGUUUGGAUUUGGCGACAUUGAAAAAAAGACCCGGCGAUGAUUUGGGUUUUUGUAUUCUUCCGUCUUUUCAUGGAGCACAUCAAAUUGCUGAGAUUAAAUUCGGAUCAGCCGCACAUCAAUGUGGCAAAAUGGAAGAGGGCGACGAAAUCGUUCAGGUCAAUUAUCAAACAGUUGUAGGAUGGGAGAGAAAAAAUGUUCUUGAAUUAUUUCGCGAGAGUCCAGCUGAAGUUUUAUUAACAUUAAAACGACGACCACGUCAUACAAAAGUUUAUGGACAAAUUUACAUAAAACCCUAUCGUUUACCAAGUAAUAAAAAAACACCAUACGCAUCACGUUGGCAUCAUAAUUUACCAUCGCCACGUCCUGAAUUAUUAACAAUUCCUGAUUUUACAAUGCCAUUACCAAAACAACAACAACAACAACAACAUCAACAACAUCAACAAUAUCAACAAGAAAAAGAAAUUCCAAAAGAAAUUAAUCUUGAACAUAAAUUACAGCCAACAAUUAUUGACACUGUUGAUAUGAUGAUAAUGACAACCGAUGAUAGUAGUGGUGAUUCUGAUUUGGAAAUUGAACCCACAUUAUCGUCACGUCUUUAUUUGGCAAAACCACGUAAUUUAGUACAACGACGUGCAACAAUAACGGGCGCAAGUCCAACGACAAAACAUAGUAUUGAUAUUGAACGUUUUUGGCGUGAAUUAAAAAAUGAGCACAAUUCAACGUUUCAAUUGCGCGAUAAGGCAGCAUCAUGCGCACAUGGAUUAAAUAAUGUUCAAUCGAAUAGUAAUAAUAGUAAUAAUAAUAAUAGUAAUAGUAAUAAUAGUAAUAAUAGUAAUAAUAAUAAUUUAAGACCGCAAACAUGUCUUGGUAUUGAAAUAAAGAGGCAUGGAAAAAUUGACGAGAGACGAGUUCAAUUUAAUGAGCAUAAUGACAAAGUUAUUGAUAAUAAUUGUGAUAAUAAUGUGCCUUUUGAAAGAAAUUCAUUGGAUUCGAAUUUUAAAGGAGAUGAUAAUAAUGAAAAAGAAAUAGAAAAUGAAAAACAAAAACUAAAACUAAAAGAAAAAAACGAAAUGGAAAAUGAAAAAGAAAAAAACAAAAUGGAAAAUGAAAAAGAAAGAAACAAAACGGAAAAUGAAAAAGAAAGAAACAAAAUGAAAAAUGAAAAAGAAGAACCACGUCGUGGUGAAUUGGAAAAAAGUCACAGUACUCCGGCCUAUGAUUUUAAUUUUGAAAUAGAGGAAAAUUUUGGAAAAAAAGCCAAUGAUAAUUUUCCCAUUCAGGAGGAAGUGAAAAUAAUUGUUGGUAGUGUUGUGAAAAAAAUUAAUGAUAUUGAAAAACAUUUAAUGAAAUCAAGUGAAAAAAUAUUUUCACCAAAAUGUGAAAAAUCUUCUACUUCUUCUUCUUCUUCUUCUUCUUCUUCUUGUUGUGCAAAAAAUGAGGUGAUAAAAAAUGAAAAAUAUUCACCGCCAAAAGUAAUUAUUCAAAAAGAUGAUUUUAUUAUUUUAAAUAAAAAUGAAAACACGACAGAAAUUAAUGUAAAAAGAAUUGAUAAUAAAGAAAUAAAAAUGGAAAAUAACCCUAAAAAAAUUGACAAUAUUCAGGAAAAUAAUAAAAAUCAAAUUGAAAUUUUUGAAGAAAAUAGAGAAAAUCAAAUUGAAAAUUUUUUUGAAAAUAAUAAAAAUCAAAUUGAAAUUUACAAAGAUAAUAAAAUUGAAAAUAGUAAAAGAAAAAUUGAAAUUACUAUGGAAAAUCGAAUUGAAAAUUUUGAAGAAAAUAGUAAAAAAAAAAUUGAAAUUGAAAAUAUUCAUGAAAAUAAAAUUGAAAAUUUAGAUGAAAAUAAAAUUGAAAAUUUCGAUGAUAAUAGUAAAAAAAAAAUUGAAUUAUUAACAAAUAAUAAAGAACAAAAAUUGAAAAUAAUUGAAAAAGAAAUAAAAAAUCAGGAAAAAAUUGAUAAUUUUCCAUUAAAAAAAAAUUCUUUUAUUGUAAAACAAAAAAAACUUUGUCCACCUGAACCACCGCCACGUAAAUAUUUUUCAAAAUCAUUGAAUUUAAUAAAAAAUAAUCAAGAAAAACCAAAAAUACCCGAUAGAAGAAAAAAUGAAUUUGACGAAUUAGAAUCAACAAAAAAAGAAGAAGAAGAGGAAGAAGAAGAACAACAACAACAACAAAAAUUAAAGGAAAAUGAAGAAUAUUUUCAUAAUAAUGAGAAAAAAAGAACAAUGGAAUUUCAUGAUAAUUCAUUGGAUUUAAAAAAUUCAACAAUCGAUUCUUAUGGUUAUUCAGAAAUUUAUGAUUUUAAUUCAGAUGAAAAAUAUGAUGAAAAAUAUCAAUUAUUUACUGAUAAAUUUUCUAAUUCAUCAACAAUUGAUUCAAAAUUAUUAUAUGAUUCACAAAUUUCCAAUGAAUUGACAAAUUUUGAUUUGCAAAUUUUUAAUGAUUCACAAAAUUCUAAUUCGCGAAUUAGCAACGAAUCAAGAAAUUUCGAAUCACGAAUUGGCAACGAAUCACGAAUUAGCAAUGAAUCGAAAAAUUUGGAAUCACGAAUUAGCAAUGAAUCAAGAACAAUUGAUUCGCGAAUUAGCAAUGAAUCUCGAAAUUUUAAUUCGCGAAUUUCUAACGAAUUGAAAAAUUCUAAUUCGCGAUUUUCCAACGAAUCGAAGAAUUUGGAAUCACGAAUUGGCAAUGAAUCGCGAAAUUUGGAAUCACGAAUUGGCAACGAAUCGCGAAAUUUGGAAUCACGAAUUGGCAAUGAAUCGCGAAAUUUGGAAUCACGAAUUGGCAAUGAAUCGCGAAAUUUGGAAUCACGAAUUAGCAACGAAUCGAGGAAUUUGGAAUCACGAAUUAGCAACGAAUCGAGGAAUUUAGAAUCACGAAUUGGCAAUGAAUCGAGGAAUUUGGAAUCACGAAUUAGCAACGAUUCGAGAAAUUUGGAAUCACGAAUUAGCAAUGAAUCGAGAACAAUUGAUUCGCGAAUUUCUAACGAAUCGAGAAAUUAUGAUUUACGAAUUUCCAAUGAAUUGAAAAAUUCCAAUUCGCGAAUUUUCAACGAAUCGCGAACAAUUGAUUCACGAAUUAGCAAUGAAUCGCGAACAAUUGAUUCACGAAUUAGCAAUGAAUCGCGAACAAUUGAUUCACGAAUUAGCAAUGAAUCGCGAACAAUUGAUUCACGAAUUAGUAAUGAAUCACGUGCCUCAAAUGAUUCACGAAAUUCAAUGAAUGAUUCGCGAAUUUCUCAUGAUGGAAAAAAUUAUGAUUCACGAAUUUUUGGCGAAUCACGAACAUUAGAUUCGCGAUUAAGCAAUGAAUCAAGAACAAUAUCACGAAUGGGACAGUUUGAUGGAAAAUAUUUUGAAUCAAGAACAUUGGAUUCGCGUUUAAUGGACACAAGAGAUUUACAAAUUGAUUCCACUGAUGGUGCAUGUUGUUCGAAAUUUAUCACAGAAAAACCGCGUACAUUGGAAAAAGAUCGCGGUGUUAUGAAUCGUGCAAUGAUGGUUGCUGCACGUAGUAUUGGAUUUAAUGCAUCGGCAAGUAAAAUUUUAACAAGUCCAAAAAAUUCACGUAAACGUAAUAUUGCACUUGCUAAGAGGCGUAAUAUUAGUGUUAAAGAAUUAUCACCUGUUGAUUUAGAGGGUUGGUUAAUUUAUCGUUCGCGUGGCGCUGGCGGUGCAUGGGCAAAAGCAUGGUUUGUAUUAAAGGGUGCAUCUUUAUUUCGUUUUAAAUUACAAGAUUCAAUAAAAGCCGAUUGUUUAAUUGCAUUGGCUGGUUUUACUGCAUCGCAAGCACAAGAGGUGAAAUCAAGAAAAUAUGCAUUUAAAAUUUAUCAUACGGGUACAGUUUUUUAUUUUGCCGCUGACACUGAGGAUUCGCUAUUAAUUUGGUUGGAUGCUGUUAGUAAAACAACAAUUGGCGCUGAUCCUAUGGAUAGAUCAAGUGGAUUGUUUAGUGAAACUGAUGAGAGCGAUGGGGAAAUGAAUAGAAAAUUAUUGAAGGCAACAAAUGAGAGUAAGGAGAAUAGUAAUAGUAGUAGUAACAACAGCAGCAGCAGCAGCAGUGGCAAUAAGGGUUUUGGUUCGUUGAAAAAAAUUGGCAAAAAAGGUGAUAAUUAUAAGGAACAAAAUUUACCAACUGGAGCAAGUUUAGAUAGAAAGUAUUUGAAAUUUUUGGGCAAAAGUCAAAAUGUACCGGUACCAACAGCACAAUUUAGAAGUUAUCGACGAGUACUACCGAGUUCAACACCAAGAAAACAAGAUUUGGUUUCACAUUCACCAGAAUUGCCAGUAACAGUGUCGGGAAGUACAUUUUAUGGAUUAAACGCAUCACGAAGUGCAAAUGAUGUUCCAAGUAGCAGUCAAGAUAUGGGCGAUUAUCGACGCACUUCAGACAGAUUUCCAAGAUCAAGACGAAAUGAUGAACUCCAAGGAUUUAUAACACUCGAGGAAUUUAUGCUCUCGCGUCAAGAUGAAGAUCAUCAACGUGGCACACCAUCGCCACGUUUUACUCCAUUAACAAGCGAUCAUGUACACAUUCAACAUCGUACAUUUGACAAUUUUGAAAAUGGAAGAAUGAAUUUUGUACGCGAUAUUCCAAAUAAUAAUGGCGUUAUUUAUGGAUUUCCAAAAAAUUAUGAUGAAAAUUCAUUGACAAAUGGCGGCAAUUCAUAUUUAAUGCAAACACAAAAUUAUACAUUUGAACGUCGUUCUAGUGAAAAAACACGUGAUUCAUGCGAAGCAAAAAAUUCAACGCCAAGAACAUUAAAUUGUAUGAGAAAGAAAAAAAUAAUUGAGGAUCCAUAUUACGAUAGUAGACAAGAUAAUCGUAUCAAUGAACAACAAAAUAGAUUAACAACAACAACAACAACAACAAAUUCACCAAGAACAGGAGCUCAUGGACAAAUAAAUCCAGCGAAUUAUGGUUGUGAAUUUAUUGGCAAUGAAUUUCGUGCCGAGAGAAAUAAUUCUAUGGAUUUGGAUUUUUCACGAAGAAUUGCAAAAAAUGACGUUUAUUCUGGAUCGAGUGGAGAUUUAGCAUCAUUAAAUUCAACAUCAGAUACAUUUAAAAUGCAAAAAACAAUAUCAGUGAGCCGAAAUGGAAGUUUCAAUUUGGCCGAUUGUCGACGUGAAAAAAAUAAUGAGAAAAAAUUAAUGAAAUUUGAUAAAAAUAAAUUAAAACACGUUGGACAAUAUCAACCGCCGCCAAUUUUUAAUACACCAUUUGAACAAGAGGGAAUGAGAGCUGCAUUUGAAAUGCAUCUUGAUAAAAAUGAUGAUGUACAAAAGAAAAAUAAAUUGAAAAAUUUUUUCACCAAUAAAAGUCCACAGAAGCCAAUUGCACUUGAAAUUCCAAAGGAAACGCAAAAAACAAUUCUUGGAUCGCCACGACUUCAUCGAGCAUUGUUUCGAGAUAAAUCGUCAACGCAACCAAAAAUUAAAAGAUCGGGAAGCCAAAGUCCCGGAGAUUCUGGAAUUAGUCAAUCGUUGAGCUCUGGAAGUGCAAGCCAAUCACAAACUUUAAGUCAAAGUUACAGUUCCGUUAGUUCUGUUAGCGAUUGGAGUCCCGAUGCUCCAGCUGCUCACGGAUCCAAGUGUCCAACCAAUCAUCCUGGAUGUCAGAAACGUUCAACAAACUCGAGAAAUUUCACAUCACCACCGACACUGCCUUAUAUUCCGCCUCCAACUUCUCCGCCGCCAGAUUAUCCUGGCCUUGAAUAUCCACCAGUUUUUGAGCCCGGUACAUAUUCACUAUCGGACGCUUCAUCAAUUCUACGAAAUCGUAAUAACAAAAAUAGUUAAAUUUUUACAAAAACAAAAAAAAACGAGAUGAGAAGAGAAUGUAAAAAGAAAAGAAUUAAAAAAAAAAAGGUAAAAAAAAGAAAAUUAGUUAAAUUAUAUAUAAAUAAUGGUUAAAUUUUGAAAGUUUUACACAUGAAUUUGAAAAAAGCUUUACACACACGACUAUUAAUUAAAUAAAUAAAUAAUAAUUAAUUAUUUCUUGAAAAUGAUAACAAUUAACUAAAUAACAAUUUAGUUAAUUUAGAAAUAUAAGGAAUCACGAGAUUCACUUUUUUUUUUCUUUUUUUUUGCCAAUCGCGUAGAGGCAAAGCGCGUUUUUUUAGACGACCGUCCAAUCUGUGCCUGUACAAAAAAAAAAGAAAGAAAGAAAAAAAAAAGUAAAAAAAAGAAGGAAUAGACAUUUUUCCUUUGAUUUCAUUUUAAGAAUCGUGUUAUUAACCAAAUGAUGAUAUUUAUUCCUUAUAAAUAGGCAAUGUACAAUCAUUACUCCAUAAAAGCACAAUUUUUUUCUUUAAUAUUUAGGCCAGUUACAAUCUUAUAUUUAAUAAUAAUUAUAAUACUACUCUAUUAUUAAUUUAAUAAUUAUUAAUAUUUGCUGAAAUAUUCACAAAUUUUUUUUGGCAAUUAUUAUUUUGAUAUAUAUAUAUAUAUAAAAUUUUAUAUAUAAGUGCAAAGAAAAUUGUGCUUUUUGGGAUGUAAAAAUCGAGUCCAAUUUAAUACUAGGAGCAAUUUACAGGGUUAGAUAAGAAGAAGCUUUCAUACCGAGUUUCCUUGGGAAUUAAGAAAGCGGAAUUCUCAUUUUUUUCUUUAAAAAAAAAAAAAAAAAGAAAAAAAAGAAAGAAAUAUUAAAAAAAAAAAAAAUAAAAAAUUGUGAUAAUGAAUUCCGUGCUCAAAAUUAUAAAUUAAAAAUUUUUUUUUCAAAAUUCAAUUUUACGGAUUUGAAAAAAAAAAAAACAAAAACAAAAUAGUUGUAAUCGAUAAAGACUGCGAUUAAUAAUAAUAGAUAAUUCCUAGAUUAUUAAAGACUGGAAAAGAAAAGGCUCCGCUGAUUAAUUUUUGGAAGACGACUCAAGUUACUUGUAAUUUGUUAACUAGUAUUACAAUUUUUUUUUUUUUAAAACUAUAUAUUAAAAUACUUUCUCUACAGAGAAAGCAAUAAUAAUAAUUUAAAAAUAUUUUUAAAAUUCUUAGAUUUUAAGGUAAAUUGUUUUUUUUUUUUUUUUUUUAAAUAUUUGACGAUUGUCCAUUGGUCUUCCACAAUUUUUUGAAUCGAUGAGAUUCAUAAAAAUAAUGAAAUUCUUUAGAGCAAUAUUGUAUAAAGUUUUUCUUUUUUAAAAAGUAUUACUAUAUAAUAUUUAAAAUUUUUAUUAUUAAAAAUAUUAUCAACAAUUAUUGUUAAUUAUUAAUAAUUAAUAUCUAAAUAAUAAUAAUAAUAAUAAUAAUUGUUCCAAAUUUUCUUUAAGCAAAUUUCCCAAAAUUUUUUUAAAAAUUUUUUAUUAAUAAUUAUUAAUUUUUAUUAAAUAAUAAUAAUAAUUGUUCCAAAAUUUCUUUAAGCAAAUUUCCCAAAAUUGUUUAAAAAAUUUUUUAUUAAUAAUUAUUAAUUUUUAUUAAAUAAUAAUAAUUUAUUAUUAUGAUUAAUAAUUAAUUAAUAUUAAAUAUAAUUGUUAAUAAAUUAUUAAUUGUUAAAAAUUAUUAAUAAUUAACUAAUAUUGUUAAUAAUAAUAAUAAUAAUAUUCGCUUAUUCGAAAAAUAGAAAUAAGUUUUAGAAAACCCUCGUUACUUGAAAUGUAAAAUUGAAAUUUUUUUUUUUUUUUUUUUUUUUUUCGUAGGAUGUAAAAAAAUCUGCUACACCAAGAAGGGAAUUAAAAAUCGAAAGUGUCUCCUUUUUAGAAAACUCACUUUAUAAGUUUAAUUUCAAUUUUUUUUUUUUUUUUUUUUUUUGUUGCUUCUGUUAUAGGGACGUUAUUUUUGAGCAUAUAUUUGAAAAAUUUGAGAAAAAAUGAAUAAAUUUCAUAUAUAUAUAGCAUAAUUUUUAAUUUAUAAUUACAAUAGAUUAAAAAAAUGUUCCAAAAAAAAAACACUUUCUUCGUUGACGUUAAAUUUCAAAAAAAAAAAAUCAUAACUUCCUUUAUUUUCAUUAAAUAAAAAAAUACAAAAAAUACUUAUUUUCUUAUUUUUCAUAUAGAUUUGGAAAAAAAAAAUGUUUCGGAUAAAAAAAUUUUUUUUAAUGAAAAUAAACUCCAGGUAUCUGAUUUGGAAGAAGGCC